AUGAACCGUAACACUCUCUCGAACUUGUCGCGCGCCGACGUGCAAACCCUCGCAAAGCGAGACGGUCUGAGAGCAGUCGGGACGACCUCUGACAUUAUUGACCGUUUGGUGCAGCGCCACGAGCCGCGCCCGGUCCCGUACAUGGACUCGAUUUCGCUCGCGACAGAUCAGGAGACAAUAUCGCGAAAGAUGCUCCGUCGCCAGGGGCUCGUGCCCGUGGCAAGCGCGUCUGCCCCUCGGGUUAGCGAGCUACUCAGGGUCCCUGAGGAUACCUUUGAGGCCUUUGUCAGCCCGCUGAAGCUCCCCAUGAGCGAUCAUGCCAGGACUUUGGCUGAGCGAUUCUGCGACCAGGUCCGAUCCCUGUUCGACGAGAGAGACACGGUCAGCGAAGCUGUCCGGCGUCUCUCCCACGACGCUACGGAGGUCUGGUACGAGCUCCAAACAUCUAAGGAGGAUAGAUGUGCAAUGAUCAUUGAGAUGGAGGCUUACCACGCUGCCCUCUACGGGCAAUUCGAGACCCAAGCGGGACUUGUCUCAGAUCUAGGACACCUCAAGAACGAGGUUAAGGCCCGCCAGACUUUGAGGACCGAAGACCACGCUACGGAGCGUCCUCUACUAUGUGCACUGUGCUUUACGUGCGCGACACGUCGUAAUCCGAUUCGGCAACGCUCCCGUCCUACUGCGAUCAAACGCAUGCACCCUGUGCGACUCGGAGAGGCCUAUCGCAAACUACGCGCGUACGCUAGGCAGCAGCUCGGGACCCGGAUCGCCGUCGCGGACACGCCAAGACGACGUCUGCCGCGCUGGGAGUUGUAUCAAAUCUGCCUUGUGCGAUGCAAGACGAACGUGUACACAAGUGCACACGACGACGGGUCAAGCCUAUCGUAG